AUGCUGCGCAAAAAGGAGACCUACACGGUCGUCACGCCCAUCCCGAGCUACAUCCCGCGACAACUUGCCCUCGACAUCCUGCAAUCCCACAGCGAGGUCAUCUCCCUCAACCCGCUCGUCCUCAGCCACCGGCCCAUCCCCGCGCCGCGCAACGCCGCCGCUGAUGAGUACUACAGCACCUGGUACGAGAUCACCCAGCGCGUGCAGUUCGUCCCCGGCGUCGGCCGCCUGGGCGCCGGUCAGAUCACCUUCAACGGCUGCUUCCACGACAUGCCCUGGGGCCUGCAGACGCACAUCUACGCGCCCAUGAACGUCGACCUGCGCAACAAGUACCGCGUCGGUGGCAACCAGCCGGGCGUCGAGCCGCCGGAGCAGCGCGAGCUCGGCGCCGAGGAUCUGGGCGUGCCCCCGAGUGGCCUGUACCUGCGCCAGGAGGCUGAGAUCCGCUGCAACGUGGCUAUGAUGGGCUUCGUCAAGUCGGAACUGCAGAAGGCGUGCAAGGACAUGGUGGACCGCAUCAUCAAGAAGGCGGAGCUGCUCGACUCGGGCGCGCUCCAGGCUAUGUUCGAGAACGGCAAGCUCAGGACGGUCAACCCGAACGACCGGUCGGACGCCGCGCAGCAGCGGCACAGCAUCAUCGGUGCCGGACCGCUCUCGCCGGCGGCCAGCUUCGGCUCGCCGAGGCUAGGCCACGUCUCGACGUUUUACAGCCCGAAUGCCGUCUCCCCGCCGCCGCUUCAGUCACCACCGCCCCAGCAGCAGCAGCAGCAGCAGCAGCAGCAGCAGCCACAGUCUCCUCUUCCGUAUGUCCCAGGCUAUCGCGCGCAGCCGCCACCACCGGACAAGCAGCAUUCCUUGGUGCUCGAGCUGCCCGGCGACUACAUGUACAUGAACCCCGGCAACAUUCCCUCACCGCAGCCCAGCCCGGCGCUGCAGCAGCAUUCUCAGAGGUCGUCGCUGACCCCGUCCGAUCCUCGCUGGUCGCAGAGCAUGCAAGGCGGCCGCCCUGACCACCGCGUCAGUGUAGGCUCGUCGACGGGCAGCAUCGCGGCACAAUCACCUAGGCCGGGGAGCUACGCAGUAGAGUUGGCGGCGCACAAUGAGACGCGAGAAGAGCACCGUUAG